UGACAGUGAGAGAUAGUGUGUGUGUGUGUGUGUGUGUGUGUGUGUGUCAAGGAGUGGCAGUGAGUGAGAGACCCUGACAACAGAAGGGGGAGAGAGAGAGGACACAACAAAGAAAGGAGCUUCCUCUUUGGAUACCGUCAGAGUUUAGUCUCUUUUCUUUGUGUUUUUGAAUUCUGUGACACCAGCAGCAGUUUUACGCUCCCAUCCCGUCUUUAUGAGCAGCAGCAGUGUGUUUGUUUAGUCCUGUGGUGUUACUGGACCCUCCCACCCAACACACACACACCACUCCGGCAGGAUCUUCAUGUGUCGCAGGGAGCCGUAGACAGCUCAGUGGACAUGGACCGCCUGAACAGGAACGUGCCUGAGUGUGGACGGCAAACCCACCAGGUGUUACAGAGCACUCCACUGGACCUCAUUGAGACUGGAAAGGGGCUGAAGUUCCAGGCAGAGCGCCCGCACCUGGUCAGCCUGGGUAGUGGACGACUGAGUACAGCCAUCACCUUGCUGCCCCUGCCUGAGGGCCGGACCACAAUGGGUCAUGGUCCCAUGGACAUCAACAUCCAGGGCCCUGGGGUGGCUGCCCAGCACUGCUACAUAGAGAACAGGUCAGGGGUCAUCACGCUGCACCCCUGUGGAAACCUCUGUGCUGUUGACGGGCUCCAGGUCACGCAGCCCGUGCGCCUGUCGCAAGGCUGUAUGCUGUGUUUUGGCCAGUCAGCCUUCUUCCGCUUCAACCACCCUGAAGAAGCCUUCAGGAUGAAGAGCAUGGUGCCCCAGGGAGGAAGCGUCUCCACCGGGGACUACAGGCUAUGUCCAGACACGGAGAGCUUGGUCAAUGGGAAUCACCAGGCCAGUCCAGCCCAGUCUCCCCCAGCUCCUGGAGAGAGAGUCCAGUCUGAGCACAGUGCAAUCGUCAGCUCUAUUGAGAAGGACCUCCAGGACAUCAUGGACUCCCUAGUCAUGGAUGACCCCCAGCCUUCUUCCUCAGAGGGCAAAAAGCCUCCCGGAGGCCAACCCAUUCCCCACUCCCCUCUGUCGCCGAUGGUCAAUGGAGGGGGCCGGUAUCUGCUGUCCCCUCCUACCAGCCCAGGGGCCAUGUCCGUGGGGUCCAGCUAUGAGAAUACAUCCCCUCCCUUCUCUCCCCUCUCCUCCCCCUCAGCUGCCAGCAGUGGGAGCUUUACCAGCCCGUCUCCUAGUGGAGGACCCCAGGACCAGAGUUCUUCUCUGCCACCAGUGCCUGUACGCUCCUCUAGCUACAACUUCACCACCCAGCCUCCGCCUGUACCCCAGCCACGGACCAUACUGCCUAACUUCAGCAGCGGUGGGGUGGGCCAGAAGGUUCAGGAAAGCCCCAGGCUGCAGAGGAAGGUCUUAACAGAGGCUCCUCCAAGCCCCAAGCCAAGCCGCAGAGGACUAGGCCAAGAUGGGUCUGAGAGCCCCCGACAGACCCCCCUUCUGUCCUCUAAUGAAUCUCUCAGUAGUAGAAACAUUGUGCCAAGUAGCCCCAGACUCACUCCCAAAUUCCCUAUCUGUCCAUCCCCGUCGCCCUCCAGUCCCAGGACCAAGACAACCACAGUGCUCCAGGAAAGGCCUGCCAGCCCUUUCAGAGAGCAGAUCAGUCUAACUGACUGUUCCCUAACCUCCAGCUCCUCCAGGCAGCUUUCCCAACCCACCAGAGCCUUCCAGCCUCCCCUGGACCCCAUUGUCCACAUCAUCCAAGGAUCGCCGCUCCAGCACCAGCCACGUUCACUGCAGCCCCCUGAAAGCCCUCGCAUGGCCAGGAGAAACAUGGAGCUGAACGGCGGCAGCGGAGGGGUCAGCAGUAUGAGAGAGCUGCCACCUCUUAGCCCCUCAAUGGCUCGGAGAGGGGUCCCGGUACUCCCGGGGGCGCUCCCAGGGACAAUCCCCAACUUGAGGACUCCAGAUAGCCCCUCAAGUCUGGGCAAGUUUGUCCCAGAGAGUCCCAGGCUCCGACGCAAGUCCGGAUCCACAUCCGAGGAGCCGAUGUGCAGCAGGGGGAUCCGAGCCCGCAGUCCAUCGCCUACCUCAAUGAUGAUGGAGGGUGGUGGUGGUGCCGGAGUAAGGAAGGCAAGCUUUGGGAAUUCCCUGUCACCUGCUUACAGUCUGGGCUCCCUGCCUGGCUCGUCUCCCGUAUCCAGCCCCAGGACCCACAGGAAGAUGUCCGCAGGGAGACCCCACCCUGGGAUGAGGGAGAGGAAGAACAGCAUCUCGGAGAUCAGCGACAACGAGGACGAGCUGUUGGAGUACCACCGACGACAAAGAGAGGAGAGGCUUCGAGAGCAGGAAAUGGAGAGACUGGAGAGACAGCGACUAGAGACCAUCCUAAACCUCUGUGCUGAAUACAACAAAGGAGAGAGCACCGGCCUGGACCCCCUGAGCUCAGGGAGGACAGGUUUCCCUGGGGGGCUGGCAGAUGGCUUGGGGCGGAGACCGUCCAUGGAGAAUGUCCUAGGAGGGACACCGUCCUCAGCCACGCUCCACCUGGUGCAGAGACAAAGAGAGAGCGACGAGGAGAAUCUGAAGGAGGAGUGUAGUAGUACAGAGAGCACUCAUCAGGAGGUGAGGACAUCUCCUGCUCCCAGCACUGCAUCAGCACUGCACAAUGGAGACAGACAGCAUGAGGACUCAUCCAGUUCAGGCAGCGCAGGUCGUCUGGAGCUGGGUUACCUGGAAGACGAGCGGGUUCGUGUUCUUGCUCGCAUCGAUGAGCUCAAAACCCGGCUGACGGAGCUGGAGCAACAACUCCAGGAGUCCAAACAAGAGGCAGAGAUGGAGCGUGCCUUGCUGCAGGGCGAGAGGCAGGCGGAGCUCGACCAGAUAGAGGCCGAAAUGGACAUCGUCACUCAGCUGCAGCACAAGCUGGACGAGCUGGAGAGCGCCAUCCAGAGGGAGAAAGACAAGGAGAGGGCUAAUGUUGAGGCCGAACGCCGGGCCCUGCAGAGCCUCCAGGAGGGCUACACUGAGUUGAAGAACCAGCUUCAUAACUGUCCCGAGUCCCUGCGGGAACAGUUGCAGGAACAGCUCAAAAGGGACGGAGAGGCAUUGGAAGCAGGAACCAAAAAGUUCGAGGACCUGGAGUUUCAGCAGCUGGAGAGAGAAAGCAGCCUGGAGGAGGAAAGAGAAACCAUCAGCCAGCAGCUGCUCCAGGAGAGAGCAGAGUACCACAGCAGUGUGGCCAAGAGGAAGGAGAAGGUGUCUGCACUGGAGAGUCAGGCCAACCAGCUGGGCCUGCAGGCAUCUCAGGAGUGUGAGCGGCUGGCCAGAGACAGGACCCUUGCACUGCAAAUGCUUCAAAAGGAGAAGGAGAGGCUGUCGGCCCUGGAGAAGAGAUACCACAGCCUGACGGGUGGAAAGAGCUUUCCCAAGUCCUCCUCUGCAAUGAGAGAGGAAGCGCUCCAUAUCAGCGAGGCUGACCUGUUGUUGGAGGAUGUCCACUCCUCCCAGCAUUCUCUCUGUCGAGCCUCUCCUUCCUACUUACAUCCCUCCCCUCCCUGUCAGUUCUACCCCAGCAGCCCUACGGAGGAGUACAUGAAGCUGGCAGAUGUCUAUAAGAUGUACGGCAGCAGCGGCCGCCAUGAAAGCAGCAAGCCCGCCUCUCACGGCCGCUCGUGUGCCAUAGAUGCUGCAUUAGCUGGCGCCUGUGAGGAGUAUGUGACUGUGGGCCAGUUAAAUCAGAUGUAUGGGAUGCCAAAGGUGGAGUCGUCCCCUACUUCCCCGCUUCGCCAGUCCCUGCAGUCUGGAGCGGUAGACCCCGCCUUCUCGUGCCUCCCCUCUCCUCAUGGCUCCUCCCUCUCUCUCUCUGUGGAGUACCAGUCUGAGGGCAGUAGGCCUCACCUCCCCAAGCUAGAUUUAGAGCAGUGGUACCAGGAGCUGAUGGCUGGCUCCAGCCAGCUCUGUCCUCCCCCUCUGCCAGCCAAGUCACGGUCAGGCCGCAGGCCUGUGCUGCAGGUGUUCCGCUCGAAGCUGGACAGUGAUCCAGGCCUGUCUCUUCAUCAACCUAAGUCAGGCUCUGCAUCCCCGCUGCAGCACGGAGCAGCAACACUGGGACGCAACACGAGCUCAAAGCAGAGCCCCCUGCUGGUGGCCAACAGCACUGGCAGUUUGCCCAGGAACCUGGCUGCAACCCUGCAGGACAUUGAGACCAAGAGACAGCUCGCUCUGCAGCAGAAAGAGCCCCAGACCACCAGACAGAACACCGUAGAGGGAGGCUCAGCAGGUCAGCAGGUGAUCGAAGAGCAGCGUCGUCGUCUGGCCGAGCUCAAACAGAGAGCGGCGGCGGAGGCUCAGUGUCAGUGGGAGGCGCUGCACGGCUCUCAGCCGCACCUCAUGACUUCGUCCUCCUCAUCGCCCUCCUACUCCCCGGUCAUGGCCUACAGCCCCGCGCUGAGCCACAGCUCUGUAGGCCCUCCCCCUCUGGUUCACCACUCCAUCCUGCACCACCAGCCCCCAUCAGCCGGAGAGCAGCCCUAUGACACCCUGAGCCUGGAGAGCUCCGACAGCAUGGACACCAGCGUGUCCACGGGGAACAACUCGGCCUGCUCACCAGAUAACAUGUCCAGUGUCGGAGGAGCGGACACGCUGAAGAUCGAGGAGAUGGAGAAAAUGCUGAAGGAGGCGCAGCUGGAGAAAGCCAGACUCAUUGAAUCGCGGGAACGAGAGAGCCUGGCUCGCCGUCAGAUGCUGGAGGAGGAGAGGAGGAGGAGGGAGGAGGCGGAGAAAAGACUGCACGAUGAAACUUUCCAUCGGCAGCAGCUAGUGGAGAAGGAGGUCAAGAUGAGGGCCAAGAACUUCUCUCAGGCCCGUCCUAUGACUCGCUACCUGCCCAUUCGGAAGGAGGAGUUUGACCUGCGCUCCCACGUGGAGUCGUCGGGCCACAGCGUGGACACCUGCUACCACGUCAUCCUCACUGAGAAGAUGUGCAAGGGCUACCUGGUGAAGAUGGGAGGCAAGAUCAAGUCCUGGAAGAAACGCUGGUUUGUCUUCGACCGCCUCAAAAGGACCUUCUCCUACUAUGUUGACAAACAUGAGACCAAGCUGAAGGGUGUGAUCUACUUCCAGGCAAUAGAAGAGGUCUAUUAUGAUCACCUCCGCAGUGCCACAAAGAAGGGAUUUUUCAACUUGAAUAUGACGAGUAGCCCGAACCCCUCCCUGACGUUCUGCGUAAAGACCCACGACCGGCUCUACUACAUGGUGGCCCCCUCAGCAGAGGCCAUGAGGAUCUGGAUGGAUGUGAUCGUCACAGGAGCAGAGGGAUACACACAGUUCAUGAACUGAGAGACACACAGUACAGAGAGCGCAGGUGACGAGCAGAUCGUUUCGGCAGGGACUCUCCCAUCACAGACUCUACAGGCCCUCUCUGUUUCCAGUCCACAGCAGACACUACGCCUUGUUUGUUACUUUUCAUUUUUAAUCUCACACUUUGAUUUUACUAUGUAGAUGUUUUCACCUCCACAUUUUCUACGUGAUUCUGUUUGGAUUGAAAAAGGGAGCCGUUGGAGCACACACUCACACACACCUCUGUAUAUAAACCAAAAUGUAUACCUGUCAAAGACUUUUAAAAAGCCUUUCUAUAUUGCCAAAUGGAGAUCUUGUAGUUACUGUUUGUUGGUCCUUUUGUAUGAUUUGUUUCCUGUCUUUUUUUCUUUUUACUUUUACAGAAACUUGCCAAAUGACAUAAUGCCAAUGUUUUGUUUGAGUGUUCCAUCAUGACUAUGUUCAGUUUAGACAGAAAGAGUUUAAAAGAAUCUUCAAUCAAACGGUGUAAUCAAUUUAGAAAUAUAUUUGAAAGAAUCUUAUUCAAAUGUAUGAAUCUAUGACAAAUCAUAGAAAUCAACAGGAGCUGGAGAUGAUCUAAAAGUCCAGCACACUUGACUUUAACAGUGAAACAGUAAAACAUUGCAUCAUCCAAGUCCACAAGUCACUUCACCUCAGUGCUGCUCUUAGACUAGAUACUAACAGUAAAUCAAGUGCAGCAUCUACAACACAUUAAAAGGUGUCCAUAUGCUAGACAUAUUUACUUCACAUAGGCUUACCAAAGUAAUCAGAGGUAUUUUGUUAAGACUUUGACCGACUACAGCUCAGGAGUUCACUCUGCAGUUCUCACUAUGGUUCGAUCAACAUGGGGUUUUAAAAGCUGGUACUGAUAUUAGUAUUGAAGCUGCUGAUAAACAUUAUUUGGUGCAGUAUUUAGUACAUUUGAAAAUAUUACUAAAAAGCACUAAACCCAGAAUAAUAAAGUACUAGAAUUAGAAUAAGAUUAACAUUAGUUCGACAUUUUGGGAAAGGCGCUUAGUCGCUUUCUUGCCAAGAGUUAAACGAGAAGAGUGAUACCAGUCAUGUCUGUAUGCUAAAUAUGAAGCUAGAGCCAGGAGACAGUUAGCUUAGCUUAGCAUAAAGACUGGAAGCAGAGGGAAACAGCUAGCCUAGCUCUGCAAAAACAUCCGCCUACCAGCACCUCUAAAGCUACAAUAAAACUAAAUGUAAAAAUGACAAGUUGUGGUUUAUUUUGAGAAAUACGUCUUUUACAGCGUUGGAGCUGGAUUUUUCCAUUUUGCUGGGAUGCUUUCUUUGUGCUAAGCUAGGCUCAACAAGCUAGGCUCAACAUUCAGAUUCAGACAACUUUAUUGAUCCCAAGAAGGGCAAUUAAUUUGCAGCUCACCCAGUGCAUACACAGGACUCAAAAACUCACAGGCAAGGUAGUUACAUGUCAGAGGAAGAAAUGGAGGACUUAGAUUAGCGGUUUGUUCUCCCAAGGGGCGUUAUAAUGUGCCCCUUGGGAGAACAACACAUUAUAAUUCACUAGCCAGAACAUGGUCAGGUUGGCUGAUAAUUCCUUUUGCUUUCUGGGCCACCUGUUUUUCCCAGAGAGAGCACAAGUCUCACAAUACCGUUGAGGCUAUUCUUAUCCUUAACAGACAACCCAUUAAACCAGCAAAUAAAUGAUUGAUUAAAAAUUACAUAAAACAGUAUCACAGACAAGCUUCUGCAUUAAGUGAAUUCUUUGUUGUCCACGCUUGACAACCAAUUCUGUGUUUAUAUCGAAUUUGAGUUGAGAGUCAAACACUGUUCCUGGAUACUUAUAUGUGUCGACAAUUUUAAAAAAGUGGUCAGUCCAUCAUAUCAGUUGGAGGACACUCACAUCAAACACUCAGAGGUUGACUUCCAAAAAAAACUGUAUAUUGGUCAACCAUUGAUGCCACAUUCUCAGUGUACUUUUGAAUAUGUUGAACAUGAAUAUCUCACUGUAUGAUGCUGCUGUGUUGCCAACUCAAGGUGUAAAUUGCAUAUCUAUGUGUGCUCACAGAUUUCAGAAAAGGCUCAUCUAUUUGCCAAGUAGCCUUUAGCUAACUUGAUGAUGCGCCUACACAGCUGGGAAGCAGCCAUCAUCACUGCCAGCCUAAAGCGAAACCACUAGAGGGCGCUACCGAGACCACACCAACACAGGAUAGAAAAUACGGACUAAUGCAAUCCAGAACUGUGCCUUGACUAUGUGUUGUUAUUGAUGCCGUGUCCGAGUCCAGUACAGCCUCGCUGGAAGGCUACAGUUGUAUGAAUGAAUUUAAUUUGUGUUUCUAAGCUGCAAUGCAGUAUGUGGACAGGUUUGCAUGAGGUUUUGUACACCACUAGGGGGAUGUCUGCCUGUGGCAUCAUUACAGGCAGAUACCGAAGGCCCUGAGCACAGUGGGGAUCAGCUAGCUCACGGUCAUUAUUUAAACUGUAAAUGUACGCAGUCUUGUUAUCAAAAAAGGAGCACUCCACCAAUUUUACACGCCAAAGUCAGUUCACUCAUCAUGGGGAGUACCAGUAUUCAGCCUGAGAACAGCUGUAUAAUGUCUUCUGUAGGAGCUUUGUUGAGUCUGCGAACACAGCCCUGAUGAUGUAGUGAUGUAGUCAUCAGGGUUAUCGAAGCUUGAGCUUGGAGUCCACGAAUUUCUAACUGAAAACCUGUCAUAAAAACAGGGACAGUUUCCUUUUGCACACACCAAAUUUCUGCUGUUUGUACAUUCACUAAUGAAGGCUUAAGUCAUCACAACUUAGUUUGCCGACUUUUAAUUUGCAAAAUACUGGGUUUACUUUUGUCACUUUAGAUUAUACUGUAUAUCAUACGAAGCAGUUUCCCAAUUAUGGGUGAUAGAUGUUUAAAAAAAAAAAAAAGUGUGAGACUACAUACCCUCUUGAAAUUUGGUUAUAAAAAUCAAUAUAAAUGUUUUGUAUUAGUAAUUACUGAUUGCAAUUGUUUGCCUUAUAACUAAAAAAUAUGUUUACUCAACUUUUAAUUUAAUAUCACAUCACUGAUCAUCCAUCAUCAGUGAUAAAGUCACACAAACUCACCAAAACGUCCCUCCCUGCUUUGAAUCCCCACUGUGAGCCGAGGCCUGCGUGCAUGAGGACAGAUAAAGACAUCUUGUAUCUUCAGCUUUAACAGACUGUAACUGACCGGCUCGCCCGGUGUCUUUGUCGUCAAGUGUUGAUCAUCACAUCGUGACUCUACCGAUCGGCCGUGAACAUGACAUCCGGCAUCUGUUGUUUUGUAGAAGCUGAGGACAAACUACUCUGAUUUUUGGAGCAUGUGGAACUGUAGUUUAGUUUCAUGUGUUGGUACAGUAAUGAUAAUUUAUGGUUGUGGUGCCUGAGAUAGUGACACGUUUACUUCUAAAAAAAAAAAAAAAAAAAAAAAAAAAGACGACUAGUGAAAAGACCUUAAUAUAUUCUGUCCCCCUUGCCUUGACUUUCCCUGCACAGUUAACGUGCAAACCAAACUCUUCAACACUGGCAAGGCGGUUAAAUCAUGUCUGUUGAUAGUAGGUGGUAUAUACAUUACUGUUAUCUAUGUUCAAAAGAAAGGAAACUAAAUAUACUGUAAAGAGGAUGCCUGAAUGAAAAAAAUGAUCUUACUAUUAAAUGAAAUGAAACAGUAUGUAUGGAAAGAAGUACAAUUUUUACUUAUUUUUGUCAUUUUAGAAAUUUUAUUGUCAGUUACAUUUCAAGUUGUAUGGUAGUGAUGUAUAAAUCUACCUUUUUUUUUUAAACUGGUACAGCAGAAAAAACACACACACGCACACACACACACACACCCCUACACCUAGCACUCGCGAGACAGUACUUUUGUUUUUCUAGAAAGUAGAUCCUGUUUCAUACACACCCUCAGAAUCAGUACUCGGACCAUACUGUGUUAUUGGUACCCUGUAUGUCUCAUGCGUUACUUUCACGUAUGGAUAAUAUGGAUUUUGUCAAAUCUAUUAAAAACAGAACUGUUACAGAA